GUUUCCAACUAAGCAAUCCACCAAACGCAAGAUUUACGCACCAUCGUCCACGCUUACGUCAUCUCACCUAACACAAACCAUGGUCACCAUCAUAGCACGCCGGAGCAAGCCCCACCUAGUGGCGCCAGCAUGUCCGACACCAUGCGAGACGAAGACCCUCUCCGACAUGGACGACCACCCCGGCAACCGGGCUUAUGUUCCCUUGGUCGAGUUCUUCGUCCGCGACGACGACGGCCUCGGCCCAGAGGACCCGGCGGCGGCCAUCGAGGCGGCGCUGGGCGAGGCUCUGGUGUAUUACUACCCCGUCGCUGGCCGUAUGCAGGAGACAGCCGGGGGCAAGCUGGCGGUGAGCUGCAACGGAGAAGGGGUGGCGUUCGUGGAGGCCGACGCCGCCGUGCGGCUGGAGGAGCUCGGUACGCCGCUGCUGCCACCGUACCCGUGCGUCGAGGAGCUGCUCUGCGACGCCGGCGACGCUCACGUCGUCGUCGGCAAGCCAAUCGUCUUCAUGCAGGUGACAAGGUUCCAAUGUGGAGGAUUCGCGAUUGGUCUUCGGAUCAACCACUGCAUCGCAGACGGCUUCGGCAUGAUCCAGUUCCUCAGAGCCGUAGCCGACGUGGCACGCGGCGAGGCCGCUCCGGCGGUGCUGCCCGUGUGGGAACGGCACCUGCUAAUGGCCCGCGCGCCGCCGAGCACAGGCUACGUGCAUCGGAAGCUGAUGUUGCUUCUCAAGGACCCUCCUGCCGCCGGCGCCGGCGCAACGCCGCCGGCGGCGAGCGUGGUGUGCCGGCACUUCCUCUUCGGCCCGGCGGAGAUCUCCGCGCUGCGAGGCCGCGUCGCGGGGUACGACGACCUCGGGGCGUCGUGCACGAGGUUCGAGCUGCUGACAGCGGCGCUCUGGCGGUGCCGGGUGGCGGCGUGGGGCCUGGCCGACGACCAGCGCGCCGUCCUCGUCUUCGCCGUGAAUGUGCGCCGGAGGUGGGUGCGGAUCCCGCCGGGUUACUACGGCAACGCGCUCGUGUUCCACGUCGUGGAGGCCGACGCCGGCGAGCUGCGCGGGAGGCCGCUGGGCCACGCGGUGGUGCUCGUGCGCGAGGCCAAGGCGGACACGAGCGAGGAGCACGUGAGGUCCACCGCCGAUUUCAUGGCGUCGAUGCGCGAGAUGCCCCCGGCGACGUACCACGAGGAAACCUACAUGAUGUCGGACUGGACGCGCCUCGGCGAGGACGAGGUGGACUUCGGGUGGGCAAGGCGGGUCGGCGGCGGCGUCGCGAUGCCGCCGUCACCGUUGGUGAGCUUCAACGCAAAGUGCGUGAAUUCGGAUGGCGACGAGUCGGUGAUUGUGACGAUGGCGUUGCCGGAGGCAGUGAUGGAGAGGUUCGAGAAGGAGAUUGAUAAGAUUUGGUCAAAGAAUUAAAGAUGUCGAUCGAAUGUAUCCUUUGGGUUCUACGUACCAUGUUGUUGUACUUUAUAGGAUGGUGAAAUGCAUGUGUUCUUACAAUAAAUGGCAAACUGCCUUGAACACUUCUAGUUGGGAUGAAUUGUUUAGUUUGCAGGCUUCA